CAGGCAUCUCAUUGGUGGAUUUCGAAUGUUUGAUGGGUGGAGGUGGUGAGUGGAGAACUCCCCCAUCACCACCCAGGCUCUCUACACCAUCUCACCUCAUUAUUCCUCGCUGCCAUCCUCAAAAUCACCACCAUGGCCUCGGUAACAGGGGCAGUAGGUGUUAGGAGACUAGCCAUACGUCCUGCCUUGUAGUGGGGUUCGACCCCACAUCCUCUCGGAUGUGAGCCAAGCGCACUAACAACUGCGCUACGAGGUACCAAGUCUACAGACGAGCAACGUGGAAAAUCUAUCACCCCAGAUAUUAAGAGGAGUUAUGAAGGAAAUGACAGAGCUGGUAAAGGGUCCACCAGAGGGCAUCAAAGUUCACAUGAAUGAUGAAGAUAUAACAGACAUCCAGGCAACCAUAGCAGGGCCUGCUGGCACACCAUAUGCUGGAGGAAUGUUUCGUGUCAAAUUAGCCCUUGGCAAGGACUUUCCAAAUGUUCCUCCAAAGGGUUACUUCCUCACCAAGAUCUUUCACCCUAAUGUUGCAUCGAAUGGAGAGAUCUGUGUUAAUACAUUAAAGAAAGAUUGGAAGGCUGACCUCGGAAUUAGACAUGUACUUUUGGUAAUAAAGUGUCUGCUGAUUGUACCUAAUGCUGAGUCUGCCUUAAAUGAGGAGGCAGGAAAACUCUUACUUGAGGCCUAUGAUGAUUAUGCUGCUAGAGCAAAGAUGAUAACUGAAAUCCAUGCACAGGGUCCUAAAGUGUGUAAAGGUGAGCCCAGUGGAGAAGGAACAAGUCAAGAUGGUCCCCAGGCAAAGAAACAUGCUACAGACAAGAAGAUCACAGCUGAUCGUAAAAAAGUUUUAAAAGAUAAAAAAAGAACAUUAAAGAGAUUAUGAAUUGAAAUUUGUGUGCUACAUCUUUGUCACCUUGAAGUUCAAAAAUAUCUGGAUAUCUUAAUGAUAUCUCCCUCUAUUUAUUACUCUGCUUGUCAAGUUUUGUAUGGUAGUAGGAGUCCAAUAAUUUAAAUUACUCGCCACAUGCCGUACUAAAAUACACAAGACUGUACCUUUGUAUUUUUAUAAAUAUCUCUGGGUAUUUUCAUGUGUUUUUCUAUCUUAAGAAAUUUUUUGCUUUAGCAAGUAUUGAAAUAAAAUUACACCAUAGGUCAUAGAUUUUCAGGUAAUUAAAUUUAUUAUUUUAAUACUGAGGGCAGACAGUGCAUUAUUUUAAAUCUGGUAUUUGGGAGUAAUGUAGUCCUUGGCAACAUCCCCCCCCCCUUUUGAAAAUGUAUGACUGAAGGCGUCAUAUUAUAUAUUUAUAUAACAAUAUACUAUAUCUGAUAUUCAGAUUUAUGGCAUGAAUUAAUUGCUGACAAUAAUAUGAAAUAGUCUUUCUGUAGGCUAAGUAAUAAUGAACUUUGUAUUUAAACCAUGGAAUCACUUUUUUAUGAAUGUAUAUAGGCACAAGGUUAAUUUUAAAAUAAUCUUGUGCCUUUUUUUUUAGUUUGUGGAGUUUUCCUACUUCCUCCUCUCAAGGGGCAUGGUAACUUCAAUGAUAGUGUAUAAAUCAUUAAAAUAAUGGGCUUUGGGCGAACGAUGCUGCUAAAAGGAAUAAAUGAAAGUUUUAAUUUUAAA